AUGCUCAACCAAGCGCGCUUUCUCUUUUCGUCCGCCCACUACGGCUAUCUGAAUAGCGACAUUUUGGUCUCCACCGAACUAUUCCGCACUCUCCACGAAUGCCAGCAUUUAGUGAGUCGAGGUGUCGUGAAGCCAAACUAUCUACUAGCCGGCCGUGUUCACGAAAUCGACAUUUCUCUAAUCCCAUCGAUCCCCACAUCCUCAGAGCCCUUCGACUCGAUCGUUUUUCGUCUUGCGAACUCUUCGCGUGCCGCGUUGCGACAUAUCCACAGCGCGGAUUACUUCGUGUUUUCGAGCGCGAUGGACCUGUCGAAGCUGCACAACGUGGUGGUGGGGCGAAGCCGGAUUGACAACUAUUUGAUGGAUGUGCCGCGAAGACAAGGCGGCUCGUUGAUUGAUGCGACAUUGCAGAUUCCAGCCGUACAUCAAGGGCUUUGCGGGUUUAUGUGUCGUGCGAAGCCAAUGCGCCUUUCGUUCAUGAACCACAAUUGGAACCGUUUUUAUCUUCUGUCGCCUUGGGUUGGAUGA